AUAACAUCAUUCAGGCGAACAAGUUGCCCUCAAGAAAGUGCGACUGGAGAAUGAAAAAGAGGGUUUCCCUAUCACGGCUGUUCGUGAGAUCAAAAUCUUGCGACAACUCAAUCAUGCGAAUGUUGUGAAACUUAUCGAUAUAGUCACAGAUAAAUUAUCAGCAGCGGAUAUGCGGACAGAAAGAGCAAAUUUUUAUUUGGUUUUUGAAUAUGUGGAUCACGAUCUUAUGGGAUUGCUUGAAGCUUCGCACCUAAUCAACUUUCACAAUGAUCAAAUUCGAAGUUUAUUCAAACAGUUAAUUUUGGUGCGUUUGCUUUUAAAAUGGAUUGAUCAACAUUAUGGUCUUGAUUACUGUCACUCAGCCGGGUUUCUUCAUCGUGAUAUAAAAUGCAGUAAUAUUUUAUUGAAUAACAGAGGUGAAUUAAAGAUUGCUGAUUUUGGGCUUGCACGCUAUUAUUCAUCGGAUCAGGAAAGACUAUACACGAAUCGAGUCAUCACACUAUGGUAUCGUCCUCCUGAACUACUAUUGGGUGACGAACAUUAUGGUCCAGCAAUUGAUGUUUGGAGCAUAGGGUAAGU